AUGAGAAUCACUUUUAAAAAAAUCUUUUUUUUUGGAGCUGUCAUAACAUUUUUUUACCUGGAAUUCAUAUCUUACUGGAUAUUGCCUUGGCUGUGGUGGAAACUUCCAGAGUGCAAUUCACCGGAUUGUAAAAAGUUAUUAUUGGUAGCUGAUCCUCAGAUAAUCGGACCAGAAUGGAAUUACUUAAUUUUAAUGAAUUGGAUUUCCAUAUUUGAUUGUGAUAGAUACAUUAAAAGAACAUUUAUUAAUGCUUUUAAUUAUAUAAAACCAGAUUUUGUUGUAUAUUUAGGAGAUUUAAUGAAUGAGGGUUACACAGCAUCAGAAUAUGAAUAUUUAAGUUAUUUCAAAAGGUUUCACGAUAUAUUCGAUUUGUCUUAUUCUUUAAAUGGUACAAAAAUUAUUUUAACUCCUGGUGAUAAUGACAUAGGGGGUGUAGAUGAUAUCUUGAUCCCUUCUAGCGUUGUGAGAUUUGAUAAAAUGUUUCAUUCGAGUAGUGAAAGUAGUGUACAUGAUUUAAUCGAAUUUUCUAUUGUAAAUGUAAUGACAUCUAAACUCCAGAAAUCGAAAUAUAUUGAUGAAAACAUAAGGAUUGCUAUUAGUCAUGUUCCAUUAGUAGCAAAGAAGUACUAUUUACUAAAUGAUGUUGUGAAACUAAUUCAACCUCAUUUAAUACUCUCUGGUCAUUUACAUAAAUCAUUUCAUUUCAUGACGGAAAGGAAAAAUUUAUGGAACAUUAGGUACACCAGGAUUUUACCACAAGAUUCAGAAUUUAAACAAUUGAAAUUUAAUAAAGAUGUGAUUCAUGAAAUAGUCGUUCCGACAUGUUCAUACAGGAUGGGAGUAUAUAAUAUGGACACUAAAAAUAUGACAAUGCAAUACAAUGUUUUAUGGUUGCCACAUAGAUUUUAUCAAUUAUACAUUUACCUUUGCAUACUCGUAAAUUUUAUUCUCAUUGAAUUGGUUGGGAAGUUGAGGAGAAGUAGACAACAGUAUAGAUCAUUGGAAUCUAAAAAAUUUUUAACUUUUGGACCAUAA